AGAGCCGUCCGGGACGGUGGUGUCGGUUCCUUCGGGGUUGUCGCGUACAAAACUUUUCACGGUGUACCGGAAACAGUAUCAUUACACUUCGUCGAUUUCGACAAACUCCUUAAUUACUAAAUUGCUUGAUUUAUAUGCAAUCCGAAUAUCAUAUUUUUCAUUUUUGAAUGCUUUUGUAAAUAUUACGUUUCCGUGUUAAUGAGUUAAAUCAAACUUUUCCAUUUAAUAUUAGUGAAAAUUGUAAGAAGCCUACGUUGCGCCCAACGUGGGAUUAAUGGAUUAGCGAAAACAAUGACUAAAAUGAUAAUUUAGAUCGUCUAUUAGUAGUUAAAUGUAAAUGAAAAUAUAAAUAUGCAUAAUCGACAUCAGUUGAGUUUACUAAAAAACGUUAAAGUAUUCCUAGUCAUACUUGUAUUGGAUUGGUUGUUGGCGAGUUCUACUGAUGCAACAGUUCAUGAGCCUGGGUUUAGUAGUCCCAUAGCUAACGUGACGGCUCCUUUAGGCCGCGAAGCAGUCCUGGCGUGCACCGUUCACAAUCUCUCAACUUACAAGGUAGCGUGGUUAAGAGUGGACACUCAGACGAUUCUCACGAUUCACGACCAUGUGAUUUCGAGGAGUCGAAGAGUGGGCGUGACCCACAGCGAUCACCGCACCUGGUUCCUCCACAUUCGGGAGCUGCGGGAGACGGACAGAGGGUGGUACAUGUGCCAGAUUAACACAGACCCGAUGAAGAGUCAAUUAGGAUAUUUGGAUGUUGUGGUGCCACCAGAUAUCUUGGACCGCGGGACGAGUACGGAUCAGACGGUUCGUGAAGGAGCUUCCGUCAGUCUGACAUGUGCUGCCAAAGGAUCUCCACAGCCACAAAUCACUUGGAGACGAGAGCAUGGCAAACUCAUUACAAUAUCUGAUGGAAUUCAAGUUGCUUCGCUAGAAGGAGCUGUUCUUAACAUCAGCAGGGUGAGCAGACAGCACGCGGGCGCAUAUCUCUGCAUAGCUUCCAAUGGCGUGCCGCCAACAGUCAGCAAGAGGAUUAUACUCACUGUUGAAUUCCCCCCUGUCAUAACAAUCCGGAAUCAACUGGUCGGCGCCACACUCGGCUCGGACCUGGUGCUGGAGUGUGAGACAGAAGCCUACCCCAAGCCGGUCAGCUACUGGAGCAGGGAGACCGGGGAAAUUGUCCCCGUUGGAGGUGGCUUGGAGCCUCAGAAGAUGGAAAGCUCUUUUCGGUCGAUGCUGCGACUUGCGAUACGCAGAAUUACUACUUCCGACUACGGGGCGUAUAAAUGCGUCUCUAAGAAUUCGUUAGGGGACACGGAGGGUAGCAUCAAAGUUUACCCUAUGUCGCCUCCAGUCUUGGAAAAUAACAAUGUUGUGCAGAGGCUAAACGUGAUUGCUGACAAAUCAUCGGAAAGCACUCCAUUCGGUACACAAGAUUUCAGGUUACAAGAUUACAACAGAGCAGUCUCGAAGGGUCGGUACUGUUACGGUUUUUUGUACUCAUUAGUAAUUUUAAUCAAGAUAGCAUCUCGGGGCUGAUGUUUCGCUCUGAGCAACUAAGAAAAUGAAUUAAUUAUACCUUCCCUUACAAUCACUUGGAUGAUGCCGCUUUGAUGUUGGUCUUUGUGACUCAAUAGCAUAUAAAAGUCAGAAUUUUCUAAAGACAAGCCGAUCAAAGGAUUUUUAUUUUUUCGUAUUUCAUUAGUUUGAAAAGAACUGUUAAUGAAUGUAGGUCCUUUUUUUAUCAAGUCAGUAUUUGUAGAUAAUUCUAAUUGUUAUUACAGUUCAUGGUAAUUAUCAUAAUUUAGCUAGGUAAAUAAUAACGAUCUUGUUAUGAAAGCUAAAAUGAACUAGAAAUUUAAAUUCGAAAUCAAAUAAAGUAGAUGAAUAUUUGAAAAUGUGGAAAAAACACUUAUAAAUUUGUUGGUUUAUUUUUUUACCUACUCCUAGUGAUUUUUUAUGUAUCAAAUAAUAAAAUAAGUUAAAAUUUAUAAAAAUAUCUUUGAUUCUUACAAUUUUGUGAACUUUAUCGCGUGAUUUGUUGAGAUCACACAGAAAAUAUUGAAAUGUGCUACUGGAUCGAAGUUGUUAUUUCAACGGUCAAGUUAUUUAGACAUUGUUAUUUGAUCGAACGAAUCGUAAAAAUGUAGAACGUAAUUGUUUUUGGGUAAGACAAACAUUGUGUAGUUGAAAUAAUAUUAUCUGACUCGACAUAUCUGUUAGCGUAGGAUGAAAAGAGUUAAUCCUAAUUUAAGAUAUAGCUAAAAUAAUGAAAGUAUUAAUAAAUAUAGACUGAGUUUCGUAACUAAGCUUGUAAAUAUUGAAGCUAUAUUAGUAAAUAUUUAGUUAAUAAAAUGCUUAAAUAAGAAAUAUUAUGUAACUAAGUAGUAAUGAAGAUUAUCCUCUGGAGUUUGUCAAUUACAUGAGUGGAGUAAACGAUUCAAGAAAUAUAUGUUUAAUUUAACUAGCUGACAAACUAUCACUUUCAAAAUUAAUUCAUUAUAUUCGUAGUGGUAGUUUGAAUGUUAAUAAAAAAGUUUAUACUAAUAAUUGUUAUGGAGACUUCCUUAUUGAGAGUUUUCUAAAUGUAGUUUCUAAUUUGAAAACCAGUAGACACAAAGAGCAAUAAACUCCGUUACCGUUAGUACCUAGUCAUUAACAAUGGAAAGAUUUUUUUACUAUAAUUAUGAAUUGUAAUUUUUUGAUUUAUACAUACACGUAAUAUUAUUGUUUUUUUUUUUAAAAUGAUGUGUAUUAAAUGCUGCUGUUUAUUUUUAAACUAGGCUAUAUUAAGCUACAAAAGAAUAAUAAUAUUUUGAAGGUGACAAUUAUAUUUUCUGUUUCACUCAGAAACCUAUGGGAAAAUGUAGUGUCAAAAUCAGUUGUGUAUGAGGACCACUAUCGCUUUCUGUAAAAAUUAAAUGAUUUUUGUC